AUGUUUUCUUACAGAUUUAAUAUAUAGAAAAAGAAGCGAAACAACAAAAUAAACUUUAAAGCAAAUAGGAACUGGGAAAAAAACAAACAAGCAUUCAAGCGUUUAAGUGUAUAACUAAACUAAAAACAAACAAAAACCACAAUUUAACAUUUUAUUGAAAAAAAAAGAAAACAUAAAAAAACAAACAAAGAACUAAAGAAAUAAAAACAAAUUGCAUUUUUCCCCUUUUCAAAAUUACUCAACGGCUUUUCUGGUAAUUAAUCGAUUAAAAUUAUUAGCUAAUCGUAUGAUUAGGUGGUGGGUUUGUGCAAGUACUGAGGAUUUUAUACCUUUUUAGAUGGCAACAUGCUCCUUCUUGUCAAUGGAAUAAGUUGACAUGUUUAAGAUAGUACUAACUUUGACAAGAACAUGUUCAUGCUUGAAUUAAACUCUAUUGUGGUCCUUGUCAUUGAGAAUCAGCUGUUUUGCUGCUUCCAUCUGGCAGCGCUUUACUUUCUGCUCGAUCUGGCAACUCUAAAGCUUCCGUUCCCUUUCUGCUUCGUGGCGCGUGGUGCAAGUUAUCCGUAUCGAUCGGCCUUGCUGGAGAGCUUCAGGUGCAAACCUAUUACGCCCGCAGAGGAAUAGCCCAACAUCGAUCUCGCUGAUCAUGGCCGCCAACGUGCGCAUGUAUUUGAACGAUCGUAUCCAGAAGAUCCUGGGCGAUCUGCCUCAGCACCUGCACGCUUCGAAGGGUUACACGGUGGCCAAGCUAUACUACAAGGUCAAGGAGUACGACAUGGCCAUAGGGUUUCUGCAGCUCUACUUCCACGAGAAGGAGGACGCGAUGGCACACGAGCUGAUGGCCAACUGUUACAGGCGUCGGAAGACUGCCAAUUUCCCCAAGGCACUGGAACAUUUUCAGCGAUCAAUCGAGAUGGACUGCCAGCAGUCAAUGGUCACCAGCACAGCCAACUACGGCCUGGAUCUGGCCACCGUCGCCAAGCGCAAGCAUUUAAUGAAGCUGAAGGAAAAAGUAAAUGAGCUGGAACAGUUGCAGGCUCUGGAAACAAAAGGGAUAAAAGCCUUGUCCAAGGACCUAAGAUCACUGCGCAAUCAAUUUAGAAAUUCAGAAUUCAAAACAGAAAGCAAACCCUUGGCCUUCGAUCACCAAUCCGACUUGCAGGCUCUCAACUCGCUCGAUGCGAUGGAGAUGGAGCAGGGGCCGGCCAAGAGCCUCGAGGUGGCUGCCGUCCCGCAGGAUACAUUCUCAGUCGACACCCAAUCUAGCACCGGCCAGGAGGGGGAGGAGAUCAAGUUCUGCCACCUGGCCGCGCUCUUCCGGAAUGUGGACCAGGAAUCGAUCGAUCUCAGCCUGGGGUUCAUCAAGAUCUUGCGCAACAGCACCACUGGCGUUUCACGCGUCUUCAUGCGUUGCGCUGAAACCGAUCAGCUUUUCGCCAAUCACCAGAUCAUGGCGGACAUGACCCUCUUCCAGGACGAACAGGACGAAGAAAAGAAAUCGCUCUCGUGGAUGGCGUACCACGUAGUGGAUGGGCUGCCAACAAUGGCCCAGUUCCGGGUGCGGCUCGUGGAUCCAGCAAAAGCGGAGACCUUCCGGCUUGCCUUUGCCAGAGCUAACGAAGAGGCCAAGGAGCAGGAAGCCAGCGACUCUCUCACCUUCUGGGCUGCACUUGUUUCUAGGAAGGGAUUAGGCUCCUUGCGGGCUAAGGACGGGGCCAAAGCGGAGCAGGAGCAACGUCCAACGCCCGUCUCUCAGACCGAGACAAAGGUGGCCAAGGAGCAGAUGGAGCAGGCCUCUGGCCUGCAGAGAUGAAGCUGGAGAAGCGACCAGCUGGGAUGACAGACCUCAACCCGAUGGCAGUGGAGGACGGUGGUCGGAUCUUGGCUCCGGGCUAGUUGAAACCCUGCAGCAGGCGUAAACAAUUAAAAUAUUUAAAAAUAAAAUUUAAAUAUGUAAAUUUAAUUUAAGGAACACACAAAUAUAAGUCAAUAAAAGAAGGUGAAAUCAA